AUGAUGCAAACUUUGAAACCACCACCACCGGUAUUAACAACAGCCACAACACUGCUACAACACCAACAACAACCUCAUCAUCUCCAUCAUCAUAUAACUCAACAUCAGCCAACUCAAAUACAAAACUCCUCUACUGGCAGCUCGUUAGCCUCAACUUUGCUCAGCAAUAAUUUGGCCAACAUGGAUUUACAGCAGCAAGAGCAACUACAACAUCUUCAGCACCAUCACCUUCAUCACCACCAACAACAGCAGCAACAGCAGCAGCAGCAGCACCAACAGAAUCUACAAACUACACUUAAUCACCUACAAAUGCUUGAACAACAACAGCAACGGCAACAACUUAUCCAUCAUCAUCAACAUCCGUCACUGUUAUUACCAACGACAAAUAACCAUAAUCCCCAAAUAAUAAUGGCCAACUCUACACAACAGCAACAGCAAUGCUCAACAUCGCCAGCAACACCUGCUAAUGCCACCUCCUCCUCCUCCUCUACGCUUGCCCUAUCUGUGGCUACACCACCAACACCUUGCUCCUUAGCUCCACCUACGGUUUCUUCCUCGGCAUCCUUACCACCACCACCACUACCUUUGACCACCCCACUCGGUAUUCGGGCAGCUGUUGUUGCUGCAGCUCCUUCUUCAAACAGCCUACAGUCACAUCAUCUGUCAGAGAUUAGUUGUAGCAGCAAUAGUAAUAAUAACAAUAACAACAACAAUAACAACGACCAGGAUGACCCAAAUCCUGAAAUGGUAUUGGCUUUAAUCUCCAGAAAUAGAGAGCUAGAGGCAACCGCAGCAGCACAUCGUUGUUACAUUAACCAUACAAAGUCGGUAACAUGUACGGGCAUUUAG